CUCAACACAUGGCAAGUAUUGGUUAUGAAAUAAUAUUUAAUGGAAAAAUAAUUGACAUUUUAUCAACAUAUUCUGUUCCGAUUUGGUUGAAAUAUCGGUAACCAAAAUGCAGACUCUUGAUGAAGAAAAUCUGGUGUCAACAAACACAAUAUUAUGCUGCUUGUGCAGUGCUCAGAUUGAACCCAAUCCAUCUAACAUGUGUGUAGCCUGUUUAACAACUCAAGUAGAUAUUACUGAAGGAAUACCUAAACAAGGUGUACUAUAUUUCUGUCGUGGCUGUGAGAGAUAUUUACAACCACCAACCACCUGGGUUGUAGCUGCAUUAGAAUCCAGAGAACUUUUGUCUUUAUGUUUAAAGAAACUGAAAGGCCUUUCAAAGGUAAACCUAGUUGAUGCUGGUUUUAUUUGGACUGAGCCACAUUCUCAAAGAAUUAAAGUAAAACUCACAGUACAGAAAGAGGUAGUAAAUAGUGCUAUAUUACAACAAGUAUUUAUAGUAGAGUUUACAGUCAACAGUCAGUUCUGUGAUGAAUGUCAUCGAGUGGAAGCUAAAGAUUUUUGGAGAGCUUUAGUUCAAGUUCGACAGAAGACUGAUCACAAGAAGACAUUUUUUUAUUUAGAACAACUGAUUCUAAAACAUAAAGCUCACAAUAAAACAAAUAAUAUUAAACCCAUACAUAGUGGCUUAAAUUUCUAUUAUUCUAACCAAGAUGAUGCCAGUAAAAUGAAAGAUUUUCUCACCAGUCACGUGCCUUCAAGAUAUCAACUGUCUAAAGAAUUGAUAUCACAUGAUAUUCAUUCUAAUAAAUAUCAGUAUAAAUUUACAUAUUCUGUUGAAAUCAUACCAGUUUGUAAGGAUGAUAUUGUAUGUUUACCGAAGAAAUUAGCCACUAGUAAAGGCAAUAUAAGUCAGAUAUGUAUCUGUUACAGUGUUACUCAAAUGAUACGACUUAUUGACCCCUUUACAUUGAAAGUUGCUGAAAUUUCCAGUAAUAACUAUUGGCGUGAUCCGUUUGUAAGUUUAACAACACAGAAAUCUCUAUCAGAAUUUAUGGUCAUGGAGAUUGAGAUAGUUCCUGAAAAAGACAAACCUAAUGUUGAACCAAUUUCUAAAAAGCAUGUGUUAGCAGAUGUUUGGGUGGCUAGAAUGUGUGACCUUGGGGUCAAUGAUCAACAGUACCAUACCAGAACACAUUUAGGUCAUUUACUGUCAGAGGGUGACACUGUUUUAGGAUUUGAUUUUAAUAAUGCUAAUUUAAACAAUGCUCAGUUUGAGAAGUUGAAACAAGACAGGAUACCAGAUGUUAUUAUAGUAAAGAAGGUUUAUGACAGAGCAAUGAGAAAUAAAAAAAGGAAAUGGAAAUUAAAAAGGAUGGCUGAUGGUAUGGAUACUGGAGCUGAUGAAAAGGAAUAUACUGCUUUUCUGGAAGAUCUUGAAGAAGACACAGAAUACAGACAAAAUGUCAAUAUUUAUGUUGAUCGAAAUAAAAUGGCAGUAGAAGUUAGUGAUACAGAUGAUGAGGGAGUUCCUCAGAUUAGUCUACAGGAGAUGUUAGAUGAUCUACACAUCAGUCAUGAUGCUACUGGGGAGGAUGGUGCUGCUAUGAUGGAAUAAUUUAUCUAUAUAUAACUAAAAAUAAAAUGUUGGAAUCUAGACAAAG